UCACCCAGAUAACUCGAUGUGAUUCCCGGGGUUUUUUUUUGCUAAUUAAAAGCUUGCUCAACGCCACAUAUACAAUAUCAAUCUGUACUAUAUUAUGUACUCGAGUAAGCAGAAAUAAAUUUGACCGCCUUGCACACACUUAAAAUUGGAUGUAAACAAAGUGAAGCUGUGCUUGAAACAGUGAGCAACAGGACCCACAAUUACCUAUUACUUACGUACGACAAGUUAACCCGGACUGAAACCCCGACUUAACGAUGAUUCAGAUACUGACACAUCGACCCAACUAUAGUCCCCUUGUGGUGUUUAUGCUCCUGCUCAUUGACCAUCGACUGAUCAUUGUGGGUUCAAGUUUUCAAGUGCUGCAAAGUCCAUUCGACAAAUACUCAAACUAUGAACCGAUGCAGGGAAAAGUUGAGGAUCUGAAGCUGCCAGAGGAUCGGGAAGUGGUCGUUCGAUUGCCGUCAAACUCACUGCUUAAAUAUACGUCCUACAAGGAUGUGUCUAUACUACACUUUAAUGUGCUACAGGACACAAGGACUGCCUACUUCACCUUCAAAGCGUAUGAGGAUCCCAAAAGUGCCUUUCAACGCAAGUGCAAGCCCAAGGAUGUUACGCUGCAUCUGAAGGCCAGCAGUUACCCAGUAAUAAGUCCGGAAAAUAUAACAUUUCCGAAGAACUUUUUUAGUUCAGAUCAGAGAUUCAAGGUGUAUGACCUGCAGUUCUUAUCCGAUGAGCAACAGCAAAACAUUACCAUUGAGGCCCCUCACAUAGGCAACUGGUUUGCAGUGGCCUUUGUGAGUUGGUCAGAUCCUAAUAAUGAUCGAAUUGAACAACAAGGACUCGCCGCCUCGUGCGAUACGUUGCUGUUUGCCGAAAUGUCCGUUAGCCGUUUCCGUCCUAUAAUCUUAAAUAGCGACCAGGAGCAUCAGGCCAAUCUAACGAGCCAUGUCCUGCCCGUGAAUAAAACCAAAAAAGUGGAUAGAAAUAUAAAAGGAACCGCCGGCGACAACACCUCCAGGCCGCUACGUUCACUGCCGCCCAAGCAGCAGAAGCUAAAACAACCGGAAUUGAAUAAUUUUACUGAUAACACGGAUCCGAGUAGAGCUGCUCUCAUCCAGAAUUCCACGGAAAACCACAAUGGCACCAUAACACACACCGCAAACAAUGAGAUCAUCUAUCGAUUCUAUGUUCCCGACGAUAUAGGUGAUGCAGCGGCGCGGAUUGCUUUCAAUCAAAUCUGCGAUGAGUGUCCGGAGGUGGGCUUCCAUGUCCGGGCGAAUGGAUAUCCACUGGGUGGCACAGAUCAGGGCCAUGGACACGGGACCUUAAUUCGAGCAAACCAAACCGACGAGAUCUCCAUACCCUUCGGCGUCCAACCCAACACCUGGCACUAUGCAGCUCUGGGCUUUGCCACCAACGAAAGCGUGGCCAAUUUCAGUGUAGCCUACACCCUGCAAAUUGACUACAUCGCCUCGAAGAUAGUGUCCAGGAAACCCAGAGAAUUCGUUGAUGGCUCUUCUAACAGUAGCACUAGUUCCAACAGUAGUUCCAGGUUCAAUUCUGUUCCUCAUGCCUGGGCACCCACUCCCUUCCGCGGCAUGAACUUCUACUCGCUGUUGCGGCAAACCUACCGCGAGUUCUUUAUGUUCGACUAUGAUCUCCGGCCAGAUGUCAAUGGCACUGUGCCGGCCACAUUUAAUCUCACUGCCCAGACUCAUUCAGGCUUUGCCUUCGACGUAGGCGAGGUCUACGACAUCGGCGGCACACUCACCUUUGCCCUUUCCAUGCAAGAGGAGCACCGCGCCAGCCUCAAGAUGGCACCGCCAACUCAGCCCCCGGAUCUGGGUGGCAUCCUAGCUGAACGGCUAAUCGGAGAUCCCAAGGAGGCAGUGGUCCCAGUGGGUAAGACCCUCGCGGCCACUGGCAACCAGAGCAUGCAGAUUGUGGUGUGCAUGCAGCUGGGCGAGCCCGGGGAGCCCACUUGGCCGGACAAGUGCCUCUACGGGCAGAGAUUAAAGCAGGCCUCCAUCAUUGUCAACCACACCGAGAGCAUGGGCGUCAUCCACGUCCCCUUUCCCGAGAGCGGACGAUGGUACGUGACCAUGGGCCUGUUCUGUCACGGAGCCGAAACCGCUCGAGUGACCAUCAUGGAGAGUGUCAAGGAGUUCAUACGGAAGCACCAGGACAUGCUGGAGGACAUGCGGCCGCCUUGCGACUGCGCUGCAGGUAUUCCCCGCUUCUCGGCCUGCCUCAAGGACUUGGACUGCCUGGCGGCCAUGAACGAAACCGAGACGCUAAAGGUAAAGGAGUGCAUGAUGGACUCUAAAUGCACCACUGAAUCUAGCCAGAUGACAAGGCUAUUCGAGGAGCACCACAAGGCGGCGAUGGAGCAGCAUGUGGGCACAGACAAUUGCAACACCUCGGUGGUGUUUACAGUGUCCUCCAGUCCUUGCGUGGCUGGAAGAUGUGGCCGCUUUGGACGCUGCUACCACUACAUGUCCGGCGGAUUCGUCUUCUCCACGUGCGUCUGCUCGAAGGGCUACCGGGGCUGGGACUGCACUGAGGAUACACAGGUGCCCACCAGCAUGUCCAUCCUGCUGGCCACUCUGCUGCUCACGCUGAGCAACCUGCUCUUUUUCCCCAGCAUCUAUAUGGCGGUCAAGCGACGCUACUACACCGAGGGCGUCAUCUACUUCUUUGCCAUGUUCUUCUCGAUCUUCUACCACGCCUGCGACGCUGGCGAAGAUGAGUACAGCUUUUGUCUGGUGAAGAUCGGGGUCCUGCAAUUCUGCGACUUUUACUGUGGUCUGCUGAGCAUCUGGGUGACCCUGGUGGCUAUGGCCCAUGUCCGCUCAGACUUUGUCUCGCUGCUGCACAUGUUUGGGGCAAUUCUCCUGGCCUUUGGCACCGAGCUGAAUAAACAGAGUUUGUGGGUGUUCCUGGCGCCGGCGCUGACGGGUAUCUGCCUGAUCUCCACCAGCUGGGGUCUGCGCUGUGCCAAGUCCCGGAAGCUGUUCCCCUCGCGUCGUUACCUAUCCGUGUGGCUGCCUUUUGGGUUAACCCUGGUGGUGGCCGGCCUAGUCUGCUAUGCGUUCCUGCAGACAAAGCAGAACUACCACAUCGUGCACUCCAUCUGGCACAUGGUCAUGGCUUUGAGCAUCCUGUGCCUGCUGCCCUCGAGGAAGACUUUCCUGCCGAAGUGCUAGCACGCGGAGAACAGUUCCCAGACCAGGGAGCUCCUGCUGGCCGAUCAGGAGUUCCACAUGUGAGAGGAGAAGGACCCUUGGCUUUUGCAAACCCAUUACAGGAUCUAGACUAGCCCUAGCCCCGUAGAGAUAAAGCCUAUUCUAGUUUGUACAGUACGUAAUAAAUACUCGUAGAUAAAGUAGGACAUGAGAUCAAUGGAGCACUGAAAGUUCACUACAACACUAUGAAGGAUGCACGAAGGACUAUUUGGAUACAGAUACUUGAUCGUUACUAUGUUUGUUUACCCAUCCUCAGCCACAUGAAGCUAUCAAUAUGAUUUAUGAUCUAUGGAGUAAACUAUUUCAACAGCCUUACUAAAUUUAAUGAAACGCACGCAUGGAAAUGUGUAUCGCAUAACCGAAGAUGUACAUAGGUAGUACCUAUUAGGUACUUGUUGUUAGAUAAAUCGCAGACCAUAAGACUAGUUAAUAAAUAGAACGUAAUAUAA